AUGGCCAUCUUCACGUCGCCCACGUCCUUUCGCGCCGCCAUCGAACCUCGUUAUCUAUCCAGUGAUGGCGCCCCCCAGCUCGUCACCGGUGCUGCCGCCGCGCACACCAGCCAUCCGAGCUUCUCGCAUCUCGUCUUGCUCGUCUUCGAGGCCGUGCUCGAGGUCAUCUGCGUCAGUCUGCCGGGAUACAUCGCCGCCAGACACGGCAUGUUUGAUGCCGACGCCCAGAAGCUCGUCGCAAACCUGAAUGUGACUCUCUUCACCCCAUGUUUGGUCUUUACCAAGUUGGCGUCCCAGCUAACCGCCGAGAAAUUCACCGACCUCGCCAUUAUUCCUGCUAUCUUCGUCGUGAUGACUGCAGUAUCCUAUCUAUGUUCCUCUGCUAUUUCGCGGGUAUUCCGCUUCAAGAAGCGGCAAUCCAACUUUGUAACCGCCAUGGCAGUUUUCGGCAACUCGAACUCGUUGCCUAUUUCCCUCGUCGUUUCCUUAUCCCAAACCCUGAGCGGCCUGCACUGGGAUCGCGUUCCAAAUGACAAUGAUGACGAAGUCGCUGCGCGCGGAAUUCUGUACUUGCUCAUCUUUCAGCAACUGGGUCAACUCGUCCGAUGGAGUUGGGGAUAUCAUGUCUUACUGGCGCCCAAGGAGCGCUAUCUUGAAGAGGCGGAUAUCCGCUCAAUUGAGCAUGGACAAGAGCAUUACCUGGAUAACCCCGAGCAGACGGAUCCGGAUGAACUCUUGAUUCGCACGAGACUAGGGGAGCAGGAACAUGAUAUAGUUCAGACGACGUCGAAUUCGGUCAGUUUUGAAUCUGGCACUCAGACCCCAAUUACAGACCGCAAUCUAUCCUACACCAAACUGCCUCAUCACAGCUCCGAACACUCGCCCCCGCAAAGAGACGUAUUUGCCGAUAGUGAUGGUGAUAUCUCGGAUGAAGACCGUUCGCUACCGGUCAUUGGUCCACCUCCGAAUGGACCAUUCCUACCGCGGCAAAGUUCCACUGGCGACAUCUUGACAUUUCCGGAUGUAGAGGUGCGUCGAUCUCCGACGCCACCAGCUUCUGGGAUCAAGGGACUCGUCUAUCGAUGGAAUCGCUCGGCAAGCAAGUCAUAUGCUCGUGCAGUCAAAUUCAUGAACGCUAAGAGAAACCAAAUCUUCAAUUCGCUUCCUUCCUCAGUCCAAAAGUUCCUGACUGUAUUUACUGCCUGGCUGGGUCGAUUCCUCCGCGGAGCCUGGAGUUUCAUGAACCCGCCGUUGUGGGCUAUGCUUAUCGCGAUUGUCGUCGCGUCAAUUCCGAGUUUGCAGCGCCUCUUCUUUGAUGAGGGCACUUUUGUGCGCAACUCUAUCACGCGGGCAAUUGACCAGAAUGGACAGGUCGCGGUGCCUUUGAUUCUAGUGGUUCUUGGGGCCAAUCUAGCUCGGAAUACGCUUUCCAAGGAGUCCCUCGAGGACGAGACAGAAGAUCCAAAAGAGGAGCGUAACCUGAUUAUAGCGUGUUUGAUUGCUAGAAUGCUACUCCCGACGUUGAUCAUGGCACCACUUCUGGCCUUGUUGGCUAAAUAUGCACCUAUCAGUAUACUCGACGACCCGAUCUUUAUUAUUGUGUGCUUCCUGCUCACGGGGGCACCGUCCGCUCUCCAACUAGCGCAGAUUUGCCAAAUCAACAAUGUUUUUAUGGGUGCCAUGUCCAAGCUUCUGUUCCAGAGCUAUGUAGUCUGGAUCCUGCCAUCGACCCUGAUACUAGUCAUGACUGCCCUUGAGGUUGUCGAAUGGGCAACGGCCAAAAAGUGA